UCUGAUGAGAUCUGCAUGUCAAUAAAUGCGUAUCGACACGAUUUUACGUCACGACAUAUACUGACUGGGUGAGCGACGAUACGAUAGUGGCCAUAGCGAAAUACAGUACAGUAGUUAUAUUUGCACUCAGAAUUGCAGUUGUAAAAGGUUUGUGAGUGUAAUCUUGGAGGAAUAAGAUGAAGAUGCUGAUCAAAAACAUUUAGUGUGUUUCACAGUUUGCAGGUUAUCAAGAGCAAAACAAUAAAACAAAUGUAGAAAGGCAGCUGUAAACGCUAAAUAUGGAUUCUUUUAUGAUAGCCGCUGGUGUGUCGUACACAAUGGCUUCCGUGCUGUGUAUCAUCAGCCUAAUCACACCACAGUGGGUCGUGUCAACAGAUCUCGGGAAUAUCAACCUAGGUUUGUUUGUGCAUUGUCAGAAGAUAUUUGGGCGAGAAGAGCAGUGUAGUGCCACUGAAAGCCCCAUUGCAUGGACGCUAACAGCUCUGCUAAUUCUAGCCGGGUUAAUGCUGGUCUCAACGGCCGCAUUAUUAGUUCUUUUAACCAGGAAACAACCGUCCCUGGAAUGCUACCCUAAAUACUUUGGAGUGGUGGCAGGCAUACUCUUUUGCUUAGCUAUCGUAAUGUUUCCCGCAGGAUUUGACAUGCCGAUCAUUGGAGGAACGUCGUUCCUGCUUCCAGCCAGCGCCAAAGUUGGCAUCUCUUACGGACUUUUUUGCAUGGCUAUCAUCUGCACAAUGACUGGAGCAGCAUUGGCGCUGGGGAAAAUGUAUUAUUCUAUCAUAAUAUUCAGAUAAAUAUAUAAAAAUUUGUAACUGUAGAAAAAUAAAAACAUUGGGUGGCAGUCCCUUUGGAAAAUUGUUGCGCACAGAAGUUACAAUCACAUAUUAAAAAAUCAACUCCAGCUAGCACCCUCCCCAAUUUUUCCAUCGCACUCUCCAUAACCACCCCCCAUUCCACCACCAUAUCACUACUCCUAGACCAACUCAGACAGCGUUGUAUAACGCAGCACGAAGCAAUUUUGUUGUUUUAAUGUAAUUUUUUUUCCACCAAGCAAAAGAAAUUUCUGUAAAUUUUAUAUAUAGACCAAUGAAAGUUGAAUCGCGACUUAGCACGAAAACAAAUCGCAUUGAGUUGUGUUAUACGAUGGUAUAGGUACAUACUUCUUAGGUUAUGCACUGUGUCACAGGCAAUAAAUUUGGGUUCAUCAACAUGAGGAUGUAACAUUAUGUAUAUAUGGGACUGUCACUACAUAUAGUGUACAAUUUGUUUCGUUAUUCGGUCUCAUGUGAAGGUUUUAAUAAGUUACUCAGGGAAUUGUGUGACCAAAUGCAAUAUUGGAGGUUUUUGUAAAUAUUGUAGUGUAAUAUUAAUUUUGACAAGGAGCAUAAUCACCCAGCAGAGUUAAAAUAUUUACCAUUAAUACGCAUUCCAUCCAUUAACGAAAACACAAGGGCAAAACAGAUGCUCUUAGACCUAUUUAUUUUCUGAUCAAAUUUUAAACUAUGAUACAUAAAAUGUAAUUUCUAAAUUUUCAACAAAAAAUAGUAUUCAAAUAAUUAAGUACUGGAAAAUUCAAUUUGGAAUGGAGCCUAAUCUUCAUAAAAGAUUUCAAUCAAACUUUCAUGAUUUUAUGCUAUUCAAAAUGUAAAUAUUACUUAUUAAAUCAAAUCAUUUUAUAUUUUUAUGCUUAAUUUAUUCUCCUUUUUGCUAAAUGACUUGCCCUUUUUCAAUUCUUUCCCCAGUCAUGACAAGUUACUUGUAUGAUUCCCAAUACAUUUUAGGCCUUCUACUGUAUAAGAAUAUAAAUUUGGUCUAAAGAGUUUUCUCUGUGAGUCGUACUGUAUGUAACCUGUUCUAAAUCCUAAUACUCUAUAGCAAAUGAUGAAGACUAUAAUAAAACAUUGUUUGUAGAGAUAAAAUGAAGUUAAACAUGCGAGGCUUGCCAUCCUAAAACCAACAUACUGUUGCAAGAUGUUAAACUGAGUAAUUAACAUAAGAAUGCGGCAGUAAUUUAUUCUUUAGUAUGGAGAAGCUUAAUGCUUUUACUCAUAACUUUGCAAUAGUUAGUCGAUUUCUGUAAAUGACCCAUCCUUUUAAAUCUUACAUGUGGAGAAUAUAUUAUUUUUCCUUUUUGGUCACUGAUGCUGUUUUGGGAUGGCUAGCCUCAUGAUAAAUGUUAAACAUACAUAAAACAUAAUACACAGCAUAUGAUGCAUGUUUGUAGUAAUGUGAUAUCUACUAAUGUCUUUCAAAUGUAGUGCAGCUUAUGGUAAGUUAACCUUGUGAUAUGCAAUUCCUUGAUGGUUUUCAAGUAUUAAAAUAUCCAGUAUUUUGUAAUAAAGAUUAUAUUGGUGGGAAAAAAUUAAUCAUCCAAUUGUCUUCUGUCUUAGUGUCAGCCCAAUGUAAUCAUGCGAUACAGUAGUUUAGGAUAAUCAUCCCUUUGUAGAAUUUAUUUAUUAUAUCUAUA